AUGGCUUCCGGGAAUCUCACCUGGGUGACCGAGUUCAUUCUCUUGGGAGUCUCGGACCGGCCGGAGCUCCAGGUGCCCCUGUUCUUCGUCUUCCUGGCGAUCUACGGGCUGACGGUGGCGGGGAACCUGAGCAUCAUCACCCUCACCAGGGUUGACCCCCAGCUUCAAACCCCCAUGUACUACUUCCUCCGGCACCUGGCGAUCAUCAAUCUCAGCAACUCCACCGUCAUCGCCCCCAAGAUGCUGGCGAACUUCUGGGCCGCCAAGAAGAGCAUCUCCUACUACGGCUGCGCGGCGCAGCUGGGCGGAUUCUUGGUGUUCAUCGUGGCCGAGAUCUUCAUGCUGGCGGCCAUGGCCUACGACCGCUGCGUGGCCAUCUGCAGCCCCCUGCUGUACGCCGCGGCGGUGUCCCCGCGCGUCUGCCGCCUGCUGGCGACCCUCACCUACCUCCAGGGCCUGCUCACGGCGCUGGCCGUGUCCUCCUGCGUCUUCUCCGUGUCCUUCUGCUCCGCCAACGUCAUCAACCACUUCUACUGCGACGACGUCCCUUUGUUGGCCUUGUCCUGCUCUGACACCUACCUCCCGGAGACGGCAGUGUUCACCUUCUCGGGGACCAAUCUGUCCUUCUCCAUGGCCGCCGUCCUCACGUCCUACUGCAGAAUCGUCGCUGCCAUCCUGAGGAUGCGUUCCUCCCAGGGGCGGCGGAAAGCCUUUUCCACGUGCGCGGCUCACCUGACGGCCGUCGUGGUCUUCUACGGCACCCUCCUGUUCAUGUACCUGCAGCCGAGGACCAACCACUCCUUGGACACCGACAAACUGGCCUCCGUCUUCUACACCCUGGUCAUACCCAUGCUGAACCCUCUAAUCUACAGCCUGAGGAACAAGGACGUGAAGAAUGCAUCCAAGAGAUUUCUGAAUAACCCAUGCCAAUCGCUCAAACUAAUGUGA